UGACGUCGCUUUUGGGCCCCGCCCCUCUCCCUCCCCUCCUGCAAACCGUUAAGACGCCAUUUUGUUUUUAUCCGUAGUUUGCGAUUACUGCCGACAUUCAGUCAAAGAAAACACUACUACCACCUCCCCUAAAGACUUGAUUUAGCAAUAUCAACAUGAGCGGAUGUCGUAUUUUCAUCGGCCGGCUCAGUCCCUCGGCCAGAGAGAAGGAUGUGGAGAGGUUCUUCAAGGGAUACGGCCGCAUCCGAGACAUUGACCUGAAGAGGGGCUUUGGUUUUGUGGAGUUCGACGACCCCAGAGACGCAGAAGACGCCGUCUAUGAGCUCGACGGCAAAGAGCUGUGCAACGAAAGGGUGACCAUCGAGCACGCCCGCGUCCGUCUGCGCGGCGGCCGAGGCAGAGGCGGUAGCGGCGGAGGAGGAGGCGGACGUUUCUCCGAUCGCUAUGGCCGAGGCUCCCAGAACAGUCGGAGUCGAAACCCUCCUCCGAUGCGCACGGAGAAUCGUCUUAUCGUGGAGAACUUGUCCUCUCGCGUCAGUUGGCAGGACUUGAAAGAUUUCAUGAGACAAGCUGGAGAGGUGACAUUUGCAGACGCACAUCGACCCAAACUCAACGAAGGAGUGGUUGAGUUUGCUUCUUACAGUGAUCUGAAAAACGCUCUUGAGAAACUGUCUGGAAAGGAAAUCAAUGGCAGGAAAAUCAAGCUCAUUGAAGCAGCUAAGAAGAGGUCGAGAAGUCGUUCGCGGUCCGAGAGCUCCUCCCGCUCGCGGUCCCGUUCCCGCGGUCGCUCCCCAUCGCGCUCCCCCCGACGCUCCCGCAGCCCGGCCAAGGCCCACAACCGCUCCCGCUCCCGCAGCGGCUCCCCCGGCGGCGGGAACUCGUCCCCCAACCCCAAAUCAAAGGAUGCCGCCAAGCGCUCCUCCAAGAUGAGUAAGUCCGCCACUCCACCUUCCCCUCCGCCCGCCCAGAGAGCCUCCAUGUCCCGCUCACGCUCCCGUUCACGCUCCCGCUCCCGUUCCCCUUCUACUGACAGCCAGCGCUAAAAGAAGCCGUUUACCUUUUUUUUGGUUUUGUUUUUGUUUUUUUUGAGGGGGGAGGGAUUGACUUGUUUCGUCGCCAGUAGAAGGUUUUUUUUGGGAGUUUCACACUGGAGCUCUCGUGUCCUUUUCUCAAAGCCAAGACGAGAGAGUUUUUUCUUUGAGUAAAGUUUUCCACAUUUGCCCCGUUAUCAUUGAGUUGGAUAUUUUAUUUUUUUUGUUUCAUAAGGGAACAUUCAAAUUACAUCCACAAAUUACCCCCUCCUCUCCCUCUAUUUACUCAACCAUUCUGAGCCCGUAUGUAUGAUACCUCCACGCGUGGAUGAAUGAAAUCAUCCGGCCUCUACCAUUUCUUCUCUGGCGUCUUUAUCACUGUUAAUGGGCCUGUACAUGAAUCUCUAGGCUUGGAAAGACUUCUGAGUUCCCGAUCCUGUAUUUCCAAACAGUAUUAGGGGGCUUUUGAUAAAGUCACGUGACCACUUUCUUUGUGAAACUUUAGCUCGUCGAUGGAAAAAAAAACUUUGGAUUUUUUUGUCUGUGUCGCUCAUGUUUUUCCAAAGCCCUUUAACCUCUGGCCCCGAUAUUUUUGAACCUACUGUACAAAAGUAGCACAGCUAUAACUUUGGAUGCUUGCAUGUGCUUUUGUUUGAUGAGAAAUUAUUAAACAUAUUUGUGCUUAAGGCUCAAAUAACGAACCUCCAUUUCAGCCGACGGCCGCUGUAUCAGGAAAGAGAGGCUGUGCAGUUAAGUUCAUUUCUAGAUGAGACGGGAUGAAGUCAACUCUUUAAUUUUUGCAGUGGUGUUCCUUAAGAGUAUGCGGUUACUUCUAGCAUUGUAUUGUUUUUGUUUGUUUGUUUGUUUUUUUAUUUUUGUUUUCUUUUUGUAUGAUUAAAGGGUUUGUGUACAGAUUGCAUUUAAAUGUAAUUCCAAGAAUACUUGUUGGUACUGUGACUGAUGUUGAUGAAUGUGUUGACAGGAGUUUGGAAAAAAACACAUUUUUGUACAUGAGGAUUUUAUUUUCAGUGAUUUUAAACAAAGAAAAAGGAAGAAAAAACACAUACAUGGAUGUGGAUGUUUGUAUGGUGUAGGAAGACAAUAGACUUAACCAAUAAAUCCAUUUUAAAUAAAAAAAAAA